AAGUUAGUGAGGUCAGGGGCUUCUUGUGAGAUUGAUCGCUUCAGUUUGGUUGAGAGGUAAGUUGUGAGAACUUAUAACCUUUAAAAGCACCGUACUGGCUGUUACAUCUGAAAAUCCUAUCAGAGUUUCAUGAACAGUGUUAAGUAGGCCUAGAAAGACCAUUGGAAAAACAUUUAUUUACUUCAAACAUUUCGCUUGUGAAGAAAUCUCGAUGUUUUUUUCAAAUAACUGGUCGUUAUAUUCUAGCUGUAGUUUCGGCAAUUGAAGAAAUGAACCUCGCAGAUGUGAUGCAAUUUUAAGCAAUUGCAGAAAAGAAGUCUGGUAAAAACUCAAAUUCAACUCGUGCAUUCCAGACUCUAUUGGGUGUUACUAACAGCUGAACUACAAACUCACACGUCGGGAGCAAGCGGAACUUACUUCAUCAGUAUUAUGAAUUGUAGUUUUAUUUCUCAGCCGUUUGCAAUUUUCAAUGCCGCCCAUACCAUAAGUGAAAAUGCGUGCAUCACAGGCCACUUGUCUAAAUGUUUUAUGAAAAUUUGUAAGUUUGACUAUGAAAGGGGAAAGGUUGUCUGUUAAGUUAAUUAGUUAUUAAGGAAACGCAUUGAAAGUUCGAGAAAGUUAGUGAGGUUGAUUGCUUCAGUUUGGUUCAGAGGUAAGUUCUGAGAACUUAUAACUCUUAAAAGCACCGUACUGGCUGUUACAUCUGAAAAUCGAUCAGAAUUCAUGAACAAUGUCAAGUAGGCCUAGAAAUAACAUUGGAAAUACAUUUAUUUACUUCAAACAUUUCGCUUAUGGAGAAAUUUUGAGGUUCACUGAUUGUUUGUAAAUGAUAACAAGACAAUCAACAUUUCAAGAAUGUCGUGGGUUCUUACGGUUUUUGACUGUGGGGGGUCGUUUGUUAAUUAGUUAUAAAGGUAACUUAUUGAAAGUUUGGGAAAGUUAGUGAGGUUAAUUGCUUAAGUUUGUUUCAGUACAAAGGUAAGUUCUGAAAACUUCCAUAUAACUCUUAAAAGCGCCGUACUGGCUGUUACAUCUGAAUAACUUAUCAGAGCAUGAACAGUGUCAAGUAGGCUUAGAAAUAAGGUUGGAAAAACAUUUAUUUACUUCAGUUCAAACAUGUCGCUUAUGGGGAAAUCUCGAGGGUCACAUGCAGAUCGCCUGACACCACAGCCUAAAUUUUCAUUUUCUUCAAAUAACUGGUCGUUAUAUUCUAGCUGUAGUUUCAGCAACUGAAGAAAUGAACCUCACAGAUGUGAUGAAAUUUUAAGAAAUUCCAGAAAAGAAGUCUGGUAAAAACCCAAACUUCGACGGGAUUUGAACUCGUGCCUCCCAGACUAGUGCUCUAUUGGGUGUCACUAACAGCUGAGCUACAAACUCACACGUUGGGAGCAAGCGAAAUUUACUUUAUCAGUAUUAUGAAUUGUGGUUUUAUUUUUCAGCCGUUUGCAAUUUUCAAUACCGCCCAUGCCAUAAAUGAAAAUGCAUGCAUCACUGGCAACUUGUCCAUUAAGUGCUUUAUGCAAAUUUAAGUGGCGAACUUGAAGUCUUAUGGUAACGCUUACAUGAGCAUGUUCAUUUAUAAUCGUUUAAACUCGGGAGAAUACGGUACUUAAUUCAUUUUCUUGGUGUGUUUAGGAUUCCUUAAGGAUAGUUUGUAAAAAAAUCGUCAUCUUUAAUCCAAGAAGUUUUGGUUCUUUCCGCUCAGAAUUUCCGCUCUGAGUUCACCGCAGAAUUUUGGGUGUCUUAGAAAUGUUUUUUCAGGUAUAAGGUCCAGAAAAGUUUUUUUUACAGCGGGAGAAAAGUCACAGCGAAAAGUAGUGAGAUUUCGCCUCUAUUAUUUAUUGCGUGUAAAAACUAAUCAAUGAAGGUAUUUACAAAAGGAUGGUGAAGCGAAACUAAUUACAGAUACAGCACAUGCAUAUACUUGAUUUUACCUAUUAACCCGCCCACGAAGGAGACGACUUUAAACAUUCCUUUGCAGAGGUUUACGUGACGUAUAAGACGAUGUUGAAGUUGGCUUUGGCUUUCAUGGUGAUCUUCUGUGUUCUCAUGGCAGAGGCUCGUAGAUUACAUGCGCCACACCAUCAGGACACUAAACCUUACCCAAGGGAAUUCUUUAAGGUUGGUUUAUUGAUAGACGGAGACUAAAAAUCUACAAGGCAAUGCGAGACUGGAAUGGAACGAGAGACAAAUUUGAGAGAAAGAGUGUGUCGUUAGUCGCCAAUCAAGCUUUUGCUUCUCGCGCGGUAAUUAUUUAUCACCUGACGGGGGGUGGGGGCUUAUUCAAAUGAUCUCCCCUCAUAAGCAGUAAAUUUCCUUUAUUCUUUCCCUUAAACACCGUUACCGAGUACUGAUACCCCAUCUGAUCGCCCUGAAAACCAUGUGACGCCCCCACACCCCCCCCCAAAGAUAUUCUCUGACCCCGCCUCAUCCCUCCCAAGGGAUAAAAUAGAGAAUAUUGCAUGCACGCGCGUAGAUACGGAAUUUCUCUUCGAGCAUUCAACUCGGUAGCUCACGAGUGAGCGCAGACGAGAAAUUUUAUAUCUUCUAACAACCAUGUAUUAUUUUGUUUAUCAUAUAAAAGCAUUAGCCGUGAUAGUGACAAGAAAAGCCCACUUCACUAAUGAAUGAAAAUAAAAGACUCGACAAUCCUGCAAUGCGUUGGCGCUAUAGCUCAAGAUAGAAAAAUGCAUUGAAUCGUGAUAACAAUAGCCACUCUUAGAGCAAGGACAAUUUUGAAGAACUCACGGUCUUUCUUUUUAUAGAUGUCAUCUGCGCUCUCUAAAGAAUCUAUUAAGUUUUUUAGGCAUGAAAUAUUGACCACAUAUAACAAGCCAGAAGAGUUUUAUCUAGGAGAAAUAUUUAGUUGUUUUUGUUACAUCAACAAUUUUCAGAAGUAUCUACAUCGUCGCUCGUGUGUUGCACUUGAAGGAACGGGUUGUGAGAACAAUAACGCCAAGUGCUGUCGAAAAGGAAACCCGUACACUGGAGUCAUGCGGAAGUGUGUAAACAAGGGCAACUUUUUUGAACCGUAAGUAAAAAGACUCAAACAUUUGGUUAACAAUGAUUUAUCCACUUGCAUCAAGAUCAAUGAUGAAACUUCUUAUUUCCUCGACCAAUGAUGGUUGACUUUUUGUAUCCGAGACAUGAAUGUAUCGCUUGUGUUCGUGUGAAAUAUCCUGAAUAUCUGGCAGGGGAAAGUUUUAAUUCUUUACGCAACCAACCUUGAAAUAAAACGGUGGUGAAUAGUACGUCCCAAUAAUCAGCGCGCGUGAAAAGCAUUAUUCGUUUGUGUGGUAUAUACCAAUAAUAAUUAUGAUAGUUAUAAUGGUAGUUAUAAUUAUUAUAAUAUAGAACUAACUAGACACAGUCCUCUCGCCAGAUUCUCUCACCAGCUGCGUGUUCUUGUUCAUUCGCUACACCUCUAAUUUCUUUUGGUUUUUUUUUAAUAUCCCAGGAAGUAUACAUGUGUGGAGGCAUGAGGAAACACUCGACGUCAGAUUCAAGAAGACCCAAGGAUUUUUUUCUUUCCAGCGAGUCGUGAUUUGAGUCUUGAUUUGAGUCAAAUGCACAUAGGGUGGCUUCUGUAAGCUAACCAAAAAUAGACAAAUACUCGACAACCUUGCACGCACGCACAUACACCCACGCACGCACAUGAGCGCAUGCGCGUCUCUUAGAUUACAGCUAACUUACGAGUACAAAUUUAAUAAUAAA